AUGGAACUCUCUCUGUGGAUGCUGCUUUCACUCGGUGUCUCCGUCCUCCUCCUCCUCCUCCUUUCUAGAGCCACAAAGAGGUCAUCAAAGUCCCGCGGUCAGCGGCUUCCACCUGGGCCGACUCCACUCCCAGUUGUCGGCAACCUGUUCGAGCUCGGCGACAAACCCCACCGUUCCCUCGCCCGCCUCGCCAAGGUCUAUUCCCCAAUCAUGACUCUCCGCCUCGGUCAAGUGAACACUGUGUUCGUCUCGUCCCCGGAACUGGCAAGGGAAAUCCUGCAGGAGAACGAUGCAGUCCUCUCCAGUCGUUGGAUCCCAGAAUCUGUUCGCGUGUUGGCCUUCAACGAGGCCUCCAUGGUGUGGCUUCCGCCGUACCAACGAUGGCGGAACCUGCGUAGAAUCUGUAAAACCGAGCUCUUUACUACACGAAGACUCGACAGCUACCGAUCCCUUCGGCGCCAAAAGGUACAGGAACUGAUGCAGUACAUCUCUGACAGCGCGUCGAAGGGCUCGUUGGUUGACGUAGGGCGAUUAGCGUUCAGCACCACGCUGAAUUUGAUUUCUCGCACUAUCUUCUCCGUCGAUCUCGCCGAUCUCUACGGAGAGUCCUCGCAAGAAUUCAAGCAUGUGGUGGAGGGGAUCUUGGAGGAAGCUGGGCGGGCGAACCUGUCCGAUUACUUCCCACUGCUCGCAAAGCUCGACCCGCAGGGUAUUCGUCACCGUUCCACCAAAUACUUCAAGAGGCUGCAUGAAAUCUUCGAUGAGCAUAUAGAUCGGCGUCUGCACAGCAAACGAGAUGGAACCACCGCCCGGAAUGAUUUCUUGGAUGAGCUCCUCGAGCACCAAGUUCAGGGAGACGGCACCAAGUUCGAUCGACAAGCAUUGAAAUGUUUCUUUUCAGACUUAUUUGUGGCGGGGAGCGACACGACCUCGAGCACGGUGGAAUGGGCUAUGGCGGAGCUGCUUCGGAAUCCCCGGGUCACGUCGAAAGUCCGUGAGGAGAUCCUACGAGUUAUCGGCUUCUCAAGAGAAGUGGAGGAAGCGGACAUCGGUUCGCUCCCCUAUCUGCAAGCCGUGGUCAAGGAGACGUUGCGUCUGCACCCACCGGUGCCACUUAUGCUACCUCGCUUGGCAGAAGCGACCGUGGAGCUACACGGCUACGAGAUACCCGAGGGCACGCGGUUGCUCAUCAAUAUCUGGGCGAUCGGGCGAGACAGCAGCUUGUGGACGGAGCCGGAGGAGUUCUUGCCGGAGAGGUUCUUGAACAAGGAGGUGGACUUCAAGGGCCGCCACUUUGAGUUCAUACCGUUCGGGUCGGGACGCCGGAUCUGCCCUGGACUGCCAUUGGCGUACCGGAUGGUGCACCUCAUGCUCGCAUCCAUGCUGCAGAGGUUCGAGUGGAGGCUGCCGGAAGGGAAAGAGCCGAGGGAUUUGGACAUGGAGGAGAAGUUUGGACUCACCUUGAUCAUGGCUUCUCCACUCAAAGCUAUGGCCGUUCCCACUAAAUGCUGUUAGACUAGGAUUCAUCUUGUCAAUUGAACUUUCCACCAUGAGCUCUG